AUGCUGAGAACGAUACAAGAAAAGCCGGCACGACUUCAGGUUGAUCCUGAUACGAUAUCAGAUGAUGACAAGCCGCCACAGACAGGAACGGUGUUUAAUAUAUGGUUCUUACAAUGGUCUGGUGGCGACUCAUCAAAGUCGUAUUCUAAACUGAAAUUUAGAGUGAAUAUUAAAGAGGAUUCUGGAUAUACGAAGGCAAGUUAUAAAAGCCCUAUAUGCUUAUUCUUUGCUCGAGGAUGUUGUUAUCUAGGUAAAAAGUGUUCUUAUCUUCAUCGACUUCCCUCCGAUAAGGACUAUUAUCCACCCACACAAGAUUGUUUCGGCAGAGAUAAAACAGCGGAUUACAAGGAUGACAUGUCAGGUGUGGGCUCAUUUAAUAGAUCUAAUCGAACAUUAUAUAUUGGAGGCAUACACAUGAGUAAAAAUAUCGAAAACAUUUUAACUAAACAUUUUCAAGAGUUUGGUUCUAUAGAUAAAAUUAGAGUUUUGUACAGUAAAGGAUGCGCUUUCGUUACUUUCCGGUUAGAAACAGAAGCACAGUUCGCCAAAGAAGCUAUGCUUAACCAAUCACUUGAUGAUAAUGAAGUUUUAAGUGUAAGGUGGGCAAGCGAAGACCCAAAUCCAGAGGCUCAGAAACAAGAAAAGCGGCGAUUAGAAGAGCUUGCGAUCAAUACAGUCAAAAACUUGUUGGAUAAAUCGGAGAAAAGAAGGAAAACUAAUUCUUCUUCAAACACCAUAAGUGAUGUCACUGUGGAGGAAGUGGAAUCUAAAGACGAAGAAGAGAUCGAUUUAUCACCAAAAAAAAUCGAAGAUUCAUCGUCUCAAAGUUCUUUUUUUCAUCCUAUCGCAAUGAGAUCAUUGGAGCAAUUAAGAGAGCCACCAAAGCUGAAAACCCAAAACUUAUCCACAAUUUUGGGCUAUGAAAGUAGCGAUGAAGAUUAA